AUGUUCCGCGCAGCAUUAAUUCGCACUGCCGCCACGGCGUCCCGCGCCGCCGUCGCUCGACCUAUCGCCCGAAAAGCUGUUGUCCCCGCGAGAACUGUUUUCGCCCCGGCGCCCCGGCUUGCUGCCUUCCAGACCGUACGAAUGUAUUCUGCCGGUAGCGGACUGAAGAAGGAGGAAGUUGAGGGACGUAUUCUUAGCAUUCUACAAAAUUUCGACAAGGUUAACGACCCGAGCAACCUCAAGCCUACUGCGCACUUUGCAAACGAUCUUGGUCUGGAUAGCCUAGAUACAGUGGAGGUUGUUAUGGCGAUAGAAGAGGAAUUCAGCAUUGAGAUUCCCGACAAGGACGCAGACGGUAUCCACAGUGUGAACCAGGCUGUCGAGUACAUCUUAAGCCAGCCUGAUGCGAACUAA